AUGCGCAUAAAUGAUGACGGCGACAGGGAAAAUCGCUCUCAAAAGGAAUCCUCAACUUCUCAGAUUAAGGUGAUUAACUUGUUGCUCAAUUAUCGAGCCGACUCUUCCGUUGCUCAUUCUCUUUUGAAUUCCCUCGGGUAUGGUGACGCGGCGAGGCUUUGCGCUCCGGCAAAACCGACUGAUUUGUAUUUAUCUUUUUAUUCUAAGCAGUAG